CAGUCUUUGGUUUGUUGCAUCAGCAGUCGGAAGCAUGCAGUUGAAGUGCACUGACUGUGUUCCCCUAUACACAGCAGAGCACCCACUUCUAGGAGUCCCUUAAAGGACAGGAUUUAUUUUGCUAGGGGUCUAUACUGAAAAGCCAUUGUGCAAACAUGAGCACAGAAAUGUGUAACUUCCCCAUGGAGGUGGCCGUGUACGAGCUGCACAAUUUUUCCAUUUCAUUUUUUUCCUCCUUACUGGGGGCUGAUGUGGUGUCUGUAAAGUUGGAUAACAGUGCAUCGGGUGCCAGUGUCGUUGCCAUUGACAACAAGAUUGAGCAAGCCAUGGAUUUGGUAAAAAAUCAUCUCAUGUACGCUGUGUGCGAAGAGGUCGAGGUGCUGAAGGAGCAGAUUAAAGAGCUGGCGAAGAAGAACUCACAGCUUGAGAAAGAGAAUCAUCUACUCAAGAACCUGGCAAGCCCAGAGCAAAUGAAGAAGUUCCAGUCCCGGCUUCCAACAGAUGAAACACCAACCAAGACAAAACUAGAUUUCCAUCGAUCAACUCUGAAAGCCGGCUCUGCAGUCUAAGCGGCUCUGUCUUUGGAAUGGGCAGAGCCACUGAACUUUUCCUAUUCAUCAAUGUCUAUAUAUGAGAAAAAAAUUUUUUUUCCCCCCUCUUUAAAGUGUCACCUCAGAUUGGAAGGUCGUUGACUAGCCAAAGCUGGCAUGUGCUGGGGCUAGCGUGGGCCUCCUCUUCAAGAAAAGAGUGAGAGAAGCUAGACAUGGACUCUUUAAGAAGAGUAACAGCCAGAGACAGAGCUUACUCUACAUGAAUCUUGACUUUGGCAGCAGGCUUGGAAAGCAAAGCCUGGAAACUAGCAGGACAUGCUAAAGAUGACCAGAGACUACUUCAGAAAGAGCUCUCUGGCCAUGGAAUACAAGCUGAAGAGGACAACUCCCUCUCUGUGUGUUUUUUAUAGACUGUACCAUGGUAGGAAGCAGAGAGUGUGAGCCUCCUGGAAUGAGGAUAUGAACAGUUACUCUAAUAACCGUUCAGUACAAAGCAUAGUCUGGGCACUUUAGUGCUUCAUAAUGGAGAUUGUUAUACAUUGGCUUACAGAUGCCCAAACAAGUGAUGAUGGCAGUGUCAUUAGACCACACAACACACAGGGCUUGUUGGUAUAUGUUUACAUAGUUUGUAUGUAAUUUAGCACUUGCCAAAAUGUUCUCAUUGAGGACAUGGGAAUCUGCUACAAAGAUUUUAUUUUAUUAUUUUUUUUUACUUUUGUUUUUCUGUAUGUGUAAAAUAGAAAUGUACCUGUCUGUCUCUAUGUCAGAGCACAAUGGUGGGAAAAACUUCCUAAAAGACUCACACAAGACACUUUACAAUUUUGUAAUAUUCCUAAUAACUUCAGAAUCACAGCUCCCAGCAAUGGCCAUAAAAGGGGUUGCUUGAACGAAUAAUGUAUUCUGUUUUUUAACAUUACUGUCGGAGGUUUCUGGAUUGUACAUAACUCAGUGGAAAGCUGCAAUAAACACAAUUUUUAUAUAUAAAC